AUGGCGGACGGCCCUAAACCAUACACAGAAGAGGACAGAGAGCGAGAGAAGGUCGAGUCUUUACGACUUGCCAGUUCCAUUCCACAGAAUGGUGCGCGCUGGGAGCUAACUGUCCAGCAAGCUGGGGUGGCGAACGACUCUCGCCCUGUAUAUCUUGCAACAGUGAGAGCGGCGGCAACUUGUAGCGAGGCCGCUGUGCUGAACUUUGAGUCGUUUCCAGGUGCACCACCUUCCCUGGACGAUCUGUAUGCGUUCCUGUGCCGGGCGAUAUGUUUCCCAAUGUCACGACAGAACGCUGCCAGGCCCCAAGUAGUUCAGAUUUCUUCACAUAGCAACACCGAAGAUGAAUUAUCAGGCAAAGCGGAGUUUCAGUCGACCCUGCAGUACCUGGCGCAGAAGGCGCGAUCAGAGCUGGAGGUGGCCAUUAUUUUUGAAGGGGAAAAGGGAGCGAGAUCCAGCGAAGUUACCAAUGCUGAUGGCUUAGGGAGCACUAAACAGAUGCAAUCAUCUCCUUCGAGUGGACGGUUUGCAUGUCAUGUGUGCAGCAAGCGAUUGCCAGCUGCUUCGAUCUCACGAUGCUCCUCAUGCAAAGCGAUGAACUACUGCUCACGGGAGUGCCAAGCAGUAGAUUGGCCUCAGCAUAAGACCUACUGCAACAUUCUGAAGACCCAUAUGAGCAGAGCACCAGAACUUCGUGACUUUGGACUUGAAGUGGACCGGCGAUUACUUGAUGAUCGAGCUGACUUGCACGGUUAUCUGUCAGAUACCUGCAUCCUGGGUCAUGGCCUGUGGCGGACGGAUCUUAUUCAGGGGACAUUUGAUUUGGUAGCUCGCAUGAGAGUCUCCGAGUCCGUCGUCGCAACUGAGGCCUUUCCCAAAACCCUAUGUCCUUUCUCUACGCCCUUGUCACCAGACUCUGGUUUCCGUGAUACGCCCGCCGCAAUAUGCGGAUGGAAAGAUUAUUAUAAAGCAAAGUCCAUACCGAAAAACUCACCCGCAUGUCUGCUAUUGUCGAACGCUUUGACGUUGUUUCACGGACUGACCCAUCUGUUUCCGCGAUCUUCAUUACCCAUUUCGCGCGGAUCAUAUGUGUGUUUGCAUAUUAUCGAGUCUUCGCAGACGGAUGUGGAACUCGCUGCCACGUACGAGUGUCUGGCUGCACUGUUACCGCAAGUUACGGUGGACAUUUUCAUAAUAGCAAGAGAAAUCGUGGUUAUCCCCAUUACAUCUACUGACUACACGGUGCACGCUACGAUAACAGAGCAAGAACAGGGAGGGAAGCUGACUCUGAAUCACCCUGCUGUUUUUGCUCGUCGACAAUACUCUGUGGAGUACAAGAACUCGGAAUUGGAGUGUUGUGUCCGCGUACACUUUGCCCGAAGCAGUUACAGCGACUUUCCCCGUGACAAGUAUCCACCACACCUGAUAGUUUGUCAUGAUGCUGCGACGAAACUUUUUAUUGAUGCUUCUAUGGAUGCUGAGGAAGCGAAAGCUUCGCGGCAAACUUUGGACGCCAUCUUGUCCCAAAAGACCAAUGUCAUUUUCGCGGAACGCACGGAGCUUGAUGCUGAGCAAGUGGCUAAAGCACUGAAGAAGACGAACGCAGGCAUUCACGCACGGGUGAAAGUGAAUCCCUUUAGACAACCGUUGACGCGGCAGCUUACAUCCGAAGUAAAUAUUCCAUGUUACGCCAAUGGUUUCGUGGUGCCAUUUACAGUAUCCUAGCGGCAGCCUAACGAAAAAGGCAUAAAUGUUUUCUAUUCUUUUGAUAAAGCAUGCUCCUUUUUAUCUAAUAAUAUGUAGCCAUUGUAUGUAGUCGGGUAUCCUAAUGCUAUGAGCACGGCUCUACCUAAUGCGAGGCAGUCUUUCUCAUCGUUAUACAUGUGGAGGCUCACGCGUACGUACCGGUGCCCUUGAAAGCUGAAAACUGGGAUUUCGAUCUGAAACUUGUCCAAGAGCUCGUCGUGAAGAUCAAUUAUUCCAUGCAUGUCGGUAUUAGCGGGUGGUAUCUUGACGCAGCACAUGCUCCCAAUCAUUCCUGUCUCCCACUUUGACUCUUUUGUGUCCAAACUAUCCUCAUCGUUUUGCGCCACCGCGACCAGCGGCUCUGUUCCCCAAGCUUCGGCUAAUAAGCUCGCGCACCAGGAAGCAAGGCGCCGGUUUCGCUGAAUAACUUUGUCGUAUCCUAACCACUUGUAGAACUUUACGGCAAUAUAAAGAGAUAAGAAGGGACUAUAAUCCGCGGUGCC